UGCAACUUCGCAUAUGUUAUGCUUGUGUUUGGCCAGAAUUUUCAGGUUAUAUCUAUUCUCACACUAGCGGGGUCCAUUUCACAUGACAAGAAUUUGGUUCUUGAGGAAGCAUUCAAUCAAAAUAUGCUUGGCGCAUUCCUUGUGGCAAAUAUCCUAACUGGUCUAGUAAAUCUCUCAGUUGACACGCUUUCGGCCUCUCCCCUCGCUGCCUUCAUGAUUUUGGUAGCAUACACCUUUACUUUGUGCAUGCUUACUGGUCUUGCUCAGUUUUCUGGUGUUAGGAUAAAAUUUUGGUGAAUAUGGAUUUUGUCUAUCUAGUACUGUACGAGUAGGGCGUUUUGGUGACCGAGCUCCAUGGAGCCCUUUAUUUUUGAAAAAUUCAAAAUUCAAACUUUUUGACUUCAAAAAAUUCUGAAAAUAAAUAUGUAACUAUACACGGAUGAAAUGCAUGUGUGUGUAAAAAUUCAAGAUGAAAUACUUCGAAAUGCGACCUAUAGAAAAAAGACAAAUUUCUGGACUUUGAGGAUGAAUAGUAACAUGUGUUAAAAGGCCUCAGAUUUGUCUUUUUUGCACAGCCUUCAUUUCAACGUAUUUCGUCCUAAAAAUUUACACACAUGUGUGUUAUGCCUCCAUGUAUAUCUGUAAUUUUUUUCAGAUUUUUUUGAAUUGUAAAAAUAUGAAUUUUCAUGAUUUUGGUGUUUUUCAAAAACCGGCCUCCAUGGAGGCCGAGCUCCAAAAGGCAUUUUCGGUACUGUACUUUGUAUGUAUGGAGUAUCUAAUCUUGAUUUUGAGGAAGACACGUUUGUGUAUUGAAACCGAGCCCUAAGGGCUCGUAUGUGGUCAAUUACCAAAGCCCUACCCAUUGUAGGUGGUAUAUGAAUCAAGAUGAGUGUUGUUUAUUCA